AUGGCUGUACAUGCCCACAUUCCUAACAGUCACGAGACUGUGGUGGGGACGAGGAGCUCAAGACCAGCCCGGCUUGCAUACCCUCGGCUGACAUUUCUGCGAAAGUAUGGGAAUGCUAAUGUGUGGAAAUACUUUACAGAUCUCUUUGACUAUCUUCUACUUACAGCUUUAGUGGAUGGACAGAUAUUCUGCCUCCAGGGUGGCCUGUCUCCAUCCAUAGAUACACUGGAUCAUAAAAGAGCCAUGGAUCGUUUACAAGAAGUUCCACAUGAGGGCCCAAUGUGUGAUCUCUUAUGGUCAGAUCCAGAUGACCGUGGUGGAUGGGGCAUUUCACCACGUGGUGCUGGCUAUACCUUUGGACACGAUAUUUCUGAAACAUUUAACCAUGCCAACGGUCUCACACUGGUGUCUCACGCUCACCAGCUUGUAAUGGAAGGUUAUAAUUGGUGCCAUGAUCGGAAUGUGGUUACCAUUUUUAGUGCGCCCAAUUACUGCUACUGCUGUGGAAGUCAGGCUGCUAUCAUGGAAUUAGAUGACACUGUAAAAUAUUCUUUUCUUCAGUUUGAUCCAGCACCUCGUCGUGGAAAGCCUCAUGUGACCCGGCGUACCACAGACUACUUCCUAUAAAUUCCUCCCCAGGACCUUUCUUUGUAUGUGGAAGUAUACCUGGCUUUUAAAAAAAAAUAUAUAUAUGUAUACAUAUAUAUAUUUAAAAACAACAGUUAUCUAUGUGUUUCUGUAACAAAUUGUGGUAUGUCUUGACAUUAAACUACAUCAUGGACCAAAUGUGCCAUACUAAUGAUGAGCGUUUAGCACAAUUUGAGAUGAACUUACUACAUUGUGUUCUAGAUCAGUCUGCCUGCUGUGUCCUAGGAAGCAUUCUCUUUGGCUGGUUAAACAAAAAGGGUCACUGACUGCUUCAUCUCCUUUGCACUUGGAAAUUUAGUUACAUUGUUUAACUGGCAUGGAUUAAUAGAGUCAGAGUUUUAUUUUUAAGAUUUCACAAGCUGACUUCCACUUAAUUCAUUACCCUUUAUUUUACUGAAAUGUAUACUAACUGAAGAAGAGAUUCUUGGGAGUAUGUUGUCACAACAUUAAAGAGAUUUCCUUUCAU